AUGGCUGCUGAAAUUAAUAUGAAAAAUAAUUUGGCUUUUUUGGCACAACAAUGUCCAAUAAAUUUAGUUAGUAAAAAUUCAGACAGAUUAAUAUUGCCAUUAUGUAAAGAUGUCUAUUUAAUUUUUUCAAGACCAGAGAAAUCCAAUGUAGCCUCAUCUGAAUGCAUUGCGAAUACCCAUUGUAUCCUGUAA